ACUUGCUGUCCACCGCUGAGCGGAGCGGAGCGGAGCUGACGGCGGCGGCGCCUCCUGCCGCGGUCCUCCCGACAUGCCGGAGGAGGCGGGUCUCCCGCCGGCCAAGAGAUUCCGGCCGGGCUCUUGCCCUCCCGGGAGGCGAGUAGUGAUGCUUUUGACAGCUGGCGGCGGCAGCGGAGCAGGAGGGAGCCGGAGGCCGACGCCGCCGCUAGCCCAGCCGUCGGCCAGUCCCUACCGCGAGGCCCUGGAGCUGCAGCGCCGGAAUCUGCCCAUCUUCCGGGCGCGGGGGCAGCUAUUGGCCCAGCUCCGAAACCUGGACAGUGCGGUCCUCAUCGGGGAAACAGGCUCUGGGAAGACAACUCAGAUCCCACAGUACCUCUAUGAAGGGGGAAUUAGCCGCCAAGGCAUCAUUGCUGUGACCCAGCCCCGUCGAGUAGCUGCCAUCUCUCUUGCUACUAGAGUCUCAGACGAGAAGAGGACUGAACUCGGGAAGCUGGUUGGCUAUACUGUACGCUUUGAGGAUGUCACUUCAGAAGACACCAGGAUCAAGUUCCUUACAGAUGGCAUGCUUCUUCGAGAAGCAAUUUCAGACUCCUUGCUUCGAAAGUAUAGCUGUGUCAUUUUGGACGAGGCCCACGAGCGGACUAUCCACACAGAUGUGCUCUUUGGGGUGGUGAAGGCAGCACAGAAGAGGCGGAAGGAGCUAGGGAAACUGCCUCUCAAAGUGAUUGUGAUGUCAGCUACCAUGGAUGUUGACCUGUUUUCUCAGUAUUUCAAUGGUGCCCCUGUCCUCUACCUUGAAGGUCGGCAGCAUCCAAUUCAGAUUUUCUAUACCAAGCAGCCUCAGCAGGAUUACCUGCAUGCAGCUCUUGUCUCAGUCUUCCAGAUCCACCAGGAAGCCCCUUCUUCUCAAGACAUCCUGGUGUUCCUUACUGGUCAGGAGGAGAUCGAGGCAAUGAGCAAGACCUGCCGAGACAUUGCAAAGCACCUCCCUGAUGGCUGCCCUGCAAUGCUCGUCCUUCCUCUGUAUGCCUCCCUGCCGUACUCUCAGCAGCUUCGAGUCUUUCAAGGGGCCCCAAAGGGCUAUCGCAAAGUGAUCAUUUCAACCAACAUCGCUGAAACCUCCAUAACCAUUACAGGAAUAAAAUUUGUAGUUGACACGGGCAUGGUUAAAGCAAAGAAGUAUAACCCUGACAGUGGUCUUGAGGUACUAGCUGUACAGCGAGUAUCAAAGACCCAGGCCUGGCAGCGAACAGGGAGGGCUGGCCGAGAGGACAGUGGCAUCUGUUACCGGCUCUACACCGAGGAUGAAUUUGAGAAGUUUGAGAAGAUGACAGUGCCAGAAAUCCAGAGGUGUAACCUAGCAAGUGUGAUUCUGCAACUGCUAGCAAUGAAAGUCCCAAAUGUGCUUACCUUUGACUUCAUGUCCAAACCAUCUCCAGAUCACGUUCAGGCGGCCAUUGCCCAGCUGGACCUGUUAGGUGCUCUUGACCAUAAGGAUGACCAGCUUACCCUGACUCCAAUUGGAAGAAAGAUGGCAGCAUUUCCGUUAGAGCCCAAAUUUGCCAAAACUAUCCUCCUGUCUUCCAAAUUCCACUGUACAGAAGAGAUUCUGACCAUAGUCUCCCUACUGUCUGUGGACAGUGUCCUUUACAACCCUCCUGCCCGGAGAGAUGAAGUGCAGAGUGUCCGCAAGAAAUUCAUAUCCAGUGAGGGAGAUCACAUCACCCUGCUCAAUAUCUAUCGGACCUUCAAAAACAUAGGUGGAAAUAAGGACUGGUGCAAAGAGAAUUUUGUCAAUAGCAAGAAUAUGCUGCUAGUAGCUGAAGUCAGAGCACAGCUGAGGGAGAUCUGCUUAAAGAUGUCAAUGCCAAUCAUGUCAUCUCGAGGGGACAUGGAGAGUGUCCGCCGCUGCCUGGCUCAUAGCCUCUUUAUGAGUACUGCCGAACUCCAGCCAGAUGGCACCUAUGCCACCACAGACACACACCAGCCUGUGGCCAUCCACCCUUCCUCUGUCCUCUUCCACUGCAAGCCUGCCUGUGUGGUAUACACUGCACUGCUCUACACCAACAAAUGCUACAUGCGUGACCUCUGUGUUGUGGAUGCUGAGUGGCUCUAUGAGGCUGCCCCUGACUACUUCCGGAGGAAGCUGAGAACUGCCAGAAACUGAUCCACCCCAGGAUGCUGCCAGCAUGGCUGGUCCUGGAGCUUAGAUCACAGCUCUUUUCCAAAGUAGACUUGGGAGCUGGAGAAACCAUACACUUCAGUGCAGCCAGACCCGCUGAGUUCAAGAGCUUGAAAGUGUUGAUGGGACUCUAGUCUCAGCCUUGCAGACAUGCUCAUACUUAGACUAUGAAAAACGAGACUUGUGCUUUGGGUUUGACUGGGCAAUUUUGAGUGACUGAAUUAACUUCUGAGCCUCGGUUUCCUCAUCUGCCAGAGGGGGAUAAGACGUACAAGUUCACAGUAAUGAAGUUUAGAGAAAAUGAAUAGAAAAUACCCAGAGAUUUGCCUGGCACAAGAUAAGACAAUCAGUGAAUUGUAAGCCAUUGUGCUUUGUGAUACUAAUUAGGUACAACACAUCCCCUUGAGCUCUUGUGACUGGGGGGAAGGGGAUGUUUCUGGGAGGAGCCCUAGGAGGCUACAGAUCCAAUUGGCUGACCUCAGUGUUUCUCCUCCCUGCCUCCUCUCUCCUCAUGGAACCCAGGGCCUCAUGCAUGCUAUGCACACACUCUGCCACUGAGCCAACGCCCAGCCUUCACUACUAUUGUAAUGUCUACCUGUAUGUCUUUUAAAUAGAAUCAGAAGAAACUGACUCCCACAGACAUUGCCAGAGUAAGGUAUAUUCUGACCUGUUGACCCUCAUGGCACAGGGUAUAUGUAGCACAUUUUCCUAUGUGUCUACAAGCAGAGAGCAGCAGAGGAAUUCCUUCCUUGGUUGGUCUUCAGUGCCUCUGUGGUUGCAUGUCCCCGCAAUGCUUUCAGGAGACAUGCUUUCAGGUCUCCUAAAACUGGGAAGCCAGCUUUUCCGUGCAGUGGCCUUGGAAGCCCAUGGUCAUUUUCUCUCUGACUGGGCACCUGUGAAUGUGUGCACUUGAAGGAGACUUCACAACCAUUUCAGCAGUCUCUGUUCAGAUGGGGCCCAAGUCAAAGCUGCUGGGUGGCAAGGAAGGGACAGACGCUUGAUGGCUCAGAAGCCAGGGUAGCCAUUCAUCCUUUUCGCCACCCCCAGUCUUUGUAAUUUUUGGCCUUGGUGAUUUUCAGUGUCUGUUUUUCUUCUUUACAGGAACCCAGGGACCAUUAGUUUUACUACUUCCUAGCCAGUUGCCACUCUCAAACCUUAAUUAUCUCCCAUUUGUCAGAGGAAAAUAGAGAAGCCUUUCCUAUCCUUUUCCUAUUUGGGAAAAAUUCACCUUAGUUGGAUUAGGAGCAAACCGUCUCUGCUGUGGUGGUGCAUGCCUAAAACCCAGCUGAGAAGGGAGGACUGAGGGUUCUAGGCCAGCCUCUAUUGGACCUUGUAUCUUAAGUGGAGGAAAAGGGGGUGGAGGGGAAAGCACACUUUCCCAGAAAAUAUUUGAACCUAGAAAAGGCCAAACUUAGCCCUUUUAUUGUACUUGGUCCAGACACAUCUCUACUACUAGGAUUUUGAAUUGUGUUGUUUAUAAGCAGGGACCACGGCCUACAAGGUAUUUCAAAGACAGUAAGUGGUUUCUUCUCUCCAGAGAGCAUAGUGUGAGUGGGCACUUCACUCCCAUGUCAUUGGUCCACAGUUCUGUAUGCUGAGUCAAGUCUAGGUUUUAUUAUAACCCUAACCAUGAGCAAUCAAGCUUGUAGCCAGUUUUUAGGGUUGUUUAGGUACUUUUGACUUAUUUCUUUGAUAAAAUAGUUACAUUACCAAGUUUCUGAAAAAGCUGUCUAGAAAGUUUGUUCUUUUAAAGUGUAUUUUUCCUAUAUACACAAAGGGCCCAGGAUAUUUAUUUAGCCUUGCUUGGUAAGAGAAACUUUGUAUUUUUAAUAGAUCAUCCAUUACGCUGGUUAAAGAAAACAAGGGGAGACAAUCUAUCCCCCAGCAAGGAACACUUUCUGUUCCCCAGUAAACUAUGGGUGUUUUCUGCCUCAAGGAAAAAUUAGCUUAUAUUGACUGACCCCAAAACAAGCACUGGGAAUUUAUCACGGAGUGACUGGCUGCAGCGAGUACUGGGCUCUUCCCAGAAAAGGAGUGAAGGGUACAGUUUCUGAGUAGCUUUAACGUUUCUGUACAGAAUAUGUUCAUCACUUUAACAUUGUGGUAGAAUUUUAAUAGAGUAUUUAGUUUUUUAUUGGGCUUUUAAAACAAUCGUUUUUUAACAGAGUUGCUCAGGGAAUAAAUCAGAUGGAAACCCCAUUCUGACUCCACAUAUUACUACAAAGAAGUUAAUGAUUAUCUUAAGCUUCAGGGACAGUGCCCUUUAAGCUUUCUUAUACUUUUAGUUUUGAGCCUAACCUUUAACGGCUGGGCCAUCUCUCCAGCCCUAGCUUUCUUAAGAAAGUAAAAUGUUAAUGGCAGUGGUCGAACAUGCCUUUAAUUCCAGUACUUGGGAGGGGAUCUCUGUGAGCUCAAGGCCAGCCUGGCCUACAGAGGAGUUCCAGGACAGCCAGGGCUAUACAGAGAAACCCUAUCUCAAAAAAACCAAAAACAUAAAGUGAAAUGUUUCAUGAUUUUACUGCAGUACAACCUGAUCUACUUUUCCAGUUGGUAAACUCUCUCUGACCUGAAGAAUCCAAUCUGGACAGUACGGCUUCAAACACAUGAAGGUGAACAACCCUGCAAUACCCGAGGCAAUGGUUUCAUUGCCAGGUCCCCAUGAAAACGUUUGCACCUCUGCCAGCUCGAACAAGAUUCCAAAGCAGCAAAACAUUUACUGUGACACAAAUCCUUGUACUCCAGCUACCAGGAUCUGUUUGUAACUAUGGCCAUGCAUCUAAGAUGCCAUUCUUUGAGCACAUAAACUAGACUGUAUCUGUGGGGAAAGAAUUUUACGUUGUAGUGUAGAAAAAAAACUAAAGAGCAAAAAUAUCAAGUUGAUUUGAACUUGUGCUGUAUUCUAUCUGAUCUCAACAUAAAAAGAGUUCUUGUGUAGUGCUUUUGACUAUCAAAUUCAUUAAAAAAACGAAUCUUUGUUUAUGGUCUGUGUGGCCUCUUGUUGGGCCUCCUUUCCCUUAUUUAUAGAAUGCUGUUUAGAAUAUUAAACAUUAGUCUUAUUGCCA